AGUACGAGGAGCUACUAGCACCACCGAAAAACAAUAUGGAGAAUCCCCCAACCGGUUUUCGAUUUUACCCAACAGAAGAAGAGCUAGUUGUUUUCUAUCUACACAACCAGCUACAAGGCCAAACAAACGACAUAAACAGAGUUAUCCCAGUCAUUGACAUCAACGGCGUAGAGCCAUGGCACCUUCCAACACUUGCAGGGGAGCUGUGUCAUGGAGACAGAGAGCAAUGGUUUUUCUUUUCACCAAGACAAGAGAGAGAAGCCAGGGGAGGCAGACCCAACAGAACCACACCUUGUGGAUAUUGGAAGGCCACGGGUUCUCCUGGCCACGUUUACUCUUCUGACAACACUAUCAUUGGGAUUAAGAAAACCAUGGUGUUUUACCAAGGGAAAGCUCCUAGCGGAACCAAAACCAAAUGGAAGAUGCAUGAGUACAAAGCCAUUGAUCACUCUCACCAAUCCAAUACAGCCCCUCCUAAGUUAAGGCACGAAUUCAGCUUGUGUCGCAUUUAUGUCGUAUCGGGAAGCUUUCGAUCAUUUGAUCGACGGCCACUAGAGACUUCAAGAGAGUCACGAGUUGAUGGGGACAUAGGUGCCGCUUCAACAAGUGCUCAGCAAGCAGGGGUGGAUGCAUCAAGCUCGUCUGAAACUUGUCAUUCAGGAGGAGGAGUUGAAGGGUCAAGUGGUACAAAUUGUAAUGAAAAUAACGAGGCUGAAGAACCUCUUUGGGAAUGGGAACAGCUUAAUUGGCUCUAACCUGUGAGUCAAGCCUACGGCUACCAAGACCAUUUCAUUGAGUGUAACAUGAUCAUUGUAUUAUGUUUUAGGCAUAGUCGGCGGGUUCAGCUUAAUUUCCUUCACGUCAUAGGGAUAUGUAACAUGAUCAUCAUAUUUGGGAACAGUGGCCAAAGUGCCACUGUUGGCAAAAAAAAACAUCAAAUGUCACAUCAACAUUAAAUUUUGUCAAAAUAUCACAUGAUGUAUUUCACUACACUGUGUAGCGAAAUAUGUGUGCAAAUAAUUCACUACACGGUGUAGCGAAAUAUACCACGUCAGAACCAAAAAUGCCACGUGUCAAUUAGGGAGAAUUUCGCUACACAGUGUAGCGAAAUUCUUUCUAUCUGACAUGUGUCAUUUUUGGUUCUGUGUAUUCUGACGCGGCAUAUUUCGCUACACCGUGUAGCGAAUUAUUUGCACACAUAUUUCGCUACACAAUGUGACGAAAUAUGCCACGUGAUAUUUUGGCAAAAUUUACUGUUAGCAUAACAUUUUGGUAUUUUUUAUUCAACAGUGAUAUUUUGGCCACUGUUACUCAUAUUUGU